AUGGGUCGCCAGAAAGUAGUUGCCAAAGAUCUCUUGGCCGGUAUUCCAGAUUCAGUUGAUGCUCAACCAGCACCAACCCAGCCAAAGCCGAAGACAAAAAGGAUCAAGAAGGCUCAGCCAAAGGCAACGGUGACUCAGAUCGAUUCUGAGGACACCUUGUCAAUUUCCAAAUUGGCUGAGAGUGAGAAGACUACCUCUGUCCCCGAGAAGAGGUCUGCUGAAACACAACCAUCCGAGUUCACCAGAUCAAAGAGGCCGAGGUCAUCCGCUGCAACUACCUCAGGGUCUCGAAAGCAUGAUUCCCCCUGGGCCCCCCAAGUCACUCUGGAAGAUAGGCCAGUUAUGGCCAGCGACAGCGCUGAUGACAUUAAUGCCAUCCAGCAUGCUCAUUCUUUCUCAGUACAAUCUUUCGAGAACCGGGAGAAGCUGGCCAAAAAGAAGAGGGAGGUCUCUAGUCUGCAGAAGACUAAUAAAAGCUUGCAAUCCAAGAUGAAAACCUUGGAGGAUCAAGCUGAGGCUGCUAUCAAGGCUCAGAAUGUCGCUGAAGAAAAGGCGGAUUCUGCUGAGGCCAUCAAGAAGGUACUUGAGGCCGAAAAGAAAGAUGCCGAGGAGAAAACGGCCCAGGCCCAAAAAGAGUUGCAAGAAGCCUUGGCUACGAAGGACGCCGAGCUCAAGGCAGCCGAUGAGAAGGGCUACAAAGAGGGUGUGGCCAAUGUCACAGCGGACUAUGAAAAGCAAGAGAAGCAGUUGACUCAAGAUGAGGAGGGUGACGAGGUUCCCAAAGAUGCUACAGCUGAGAAGGCAUCAGUCGACAUGUUUCUUGCCGAUAAGAGCCUUGAUGAAACCCUUCAAGAAAUUGAUGUCGAGCUUGCGGCGGAAAAGGCUGUCGAGGUGUCUUCCCAGCAGUCGUCCAAACUUCAGACCCAACCACCUGUUGUUGCCGAAGAGUCUUUACUUUGA